UACUGAGUAUAUUCUCAUGCAUGUCUUAUGGUUGAAAUGGAUCUAUUUUUGAUAUCGAAAUUUACCUGCAGUGUUCGUAUGUAUUCUAGGCAGGCGAUCUGAGACUUUGAUCAUGCGACAUGCAAAGAUAUAAAAGCCAGCGUUCCUACCUGACAGCUUCAUCAUCCAAAACAUCCUCAACAAUCAAACCAUCAAUACAAUCCAUUCUCACUCAGCAACAUCAACCAAAAUGCAGUUCACCAUCACCACCGUCCUCUCCCUGCUCACUGCCUCCGUUGCAGCUUCUCCCCUUCAAACCCGCGAAGCCAACCAAGUCACCUUUGCCCUCUCCAACGACCAGUCCGGUGCCUAUGCCAGCGUCAACUUCCACGCCGAUGGCACCGACCAGUACCUUUCCUCCCUCUUUGCCGGCACUUCCGUCGCUGCUGAUGGACAUGUUCUUGCUUCCUCUGCCCAGCUGACUGCCUUCCCUCAAACCGUCGUCUGUACGCUGAAGAAUAACGGUGUCACAAUCGAUACCCUUACUGCUCAGCACACCUAUGUUGAUCUGGAUGCAUACGCAGGGUCUGCUUAUCCGAUUAACUUGGACGGUGGGGUGAUUAACUGCUGGGCUUGAUCUGGAUGUCAUUGCGAGUGAUAUCAAUGGAAGAAAUAGGGGUUGGGUAUAGCAAUCAGGAGAGUUUGGUUAUGUUUUAGUCACUCCUUAAUCACAUAAUAUUAUUAUUUUGAUCCGAUAUGCAAUCGUACUCUAUGGUGUUGAUUGAUGAUAUCUGUUUUGAUUUAUACUAUUCUGGAC